AUGGUAAUAAAAGUCGGUGUGACCACGGUUGUCACACACAAAGGCUACCGGCCCGACAGCACGGCCACUAUCGGUAGUGUGAAGGUGUUUGGUCUGAAGAGGACGGUGGGGGAGGUACAACUGGACGGAGUGAGCACCACACGGUACACGUAUCGGAACAAGGUGCUUCACAUCACCGGCAUGGAUCUUGACUUGACCGUCAAUCAUGAGAUCAGGUGGAGCCAAACAACGUCAGCUGCAGUACAAUCCUUAGCCGCCAGAUGGCAGCUGCUGUUCGUCUUCGCUGUUCUUAUUACUUUACUGGCUUGAGUACAUCAAGGGAUGAUGUUGUUACCGCGAAAAUCAAGAGUAAGAACGUAAACGAUAAAGGUCUGAAGAAAUACAAAGCAGCUUAUUGUAUUUGAUUAUUUUUUUAACAGUGUUGAUUGCGUGUUUUUAACAGUGUCAAACCAAAUUUGUUUGUUACAAAAUAUUGCAAUGAUAAUGUUUAUGCAGUACUCAGUGGAUUUGAUGUAUUCCUGAUAGAUUUUACUGUAAAAUUGGACUGACUUGUAUCACCAGCAGGGUUGGAAUCCUAGAAAAAACUGAUCACUUCGUCAUUUAAUAAAGUUAUUUCUGAUUUU